UUUUUCUUCCGAUGACCGGUCGGCAAACAAAAAUUAGAAAAGAUGCCAAAAAUGAGAAAGGUGGGAUUAAUUCUCUACUAAUAAAAAAAGGACUAUUAACUUACUUUUACCUUUUUCGGUAUUUUUGGUAUUCUUUUCCUCCUUUUCCCUUCCAAUUUUCCCAUUCAGGAUUAAUUCAACAAAAUCUCCUUUUAAAUCCACUUUUACCUUCAUUUAGUCUACAAAACAACAAACAAAUCAGAAAAGAAGGAAACCCGCUACCUGAAAAAAAUGAAAAGAAAAAAAUCUCCUCUCACUUAAAAAUAAAUCGAGUAAACCCCUAA